UGGAUGCAAUGUUUUUAAUGUUUUUUUUUUUUUCAAAAGGCGACAAUAAAACAAUAAUUGCAUUGUAACAAGUGAAAAUGUCUCUUUUUCCGGCUUACGGUGACGGUGGGGACAACCGUGAACCGAAUGUUGUGGAUGCUCCCGCUCAGCCGAUUCCAGCUACAGAUAACUCUACUGAUAAGGAGACAAAUUGGAAGAGCAACCACAGCUACGAGUUGCCUGCUGAAAUUGCAUUGCCGUCGUUUAAUACUGGUGCAGCCACGGAAUUCGACUCCGAUACAGAAUCGGAAUCUUCUAGCCGGAGUGCCAGCCCAGCUAGAAUCCCGGUCGUCCCCGUGCAGCGUCCCUUGGAGUUUGAUAACACUGUGGAAUUCUACGUGGAUAAGGCACCAAACAAAGCGCAACGAGAGUUGAACACCUUACCACGUCUAUCGCGGCCACAAUACAAAAUAAAUCAACGACGUUUAGCAGACGCAAAAAAGACACCACGAUACCGCCGAUAUGCCAAGAAGAGUUUACGUCACUUCAAGCUGAUUGUGCCCAGUGUUGACCACACACUGUCUGAUGAAGAGAGCACUCAAAUCAUGCAACGCAUUAAAAAACUUAAAAACCUUGUCGCCAAGGAGCCGAAGCAAUUAAAUAACUGGAUUGAGCUGCAUCACUUGCUAAGCUACAACUUGUCCAAGACCAAUCGACUGGCUGUGGCCGAGCAUCAGCUGCAUAUGUUGGGAACAGCGCUACAGGAGCUACCCGGCAAUGAAAAGCUGCUGCAGCUGUAUGUUGCCACUUUAAGUGUCACAUAUCCAGACAGCGAGGUGGCCAGCCAGAUUGAGCAACUGCUGGAGCGGCAUCCGUUUGAGUACACAUUAUGGACUGCUCUGAUAAUGACCACCCAAGGCACCAUGGCCCGUUGCAAUGUUCCGGACGUGCUUAAUAUAUACGAGCAGUGCAUGCGUCGCAUGAAUUUGGGACAGAAGGAUACGGAUAUGCUUACAGAUACCAAUAACGAUACAGAUACAGAUACGGAUGAUCUUAUGCUGAAACUCUUUCACAAUUGUGUGCUUUUCCUACGCCAGUCGGCUAACUGUGAUCGCAUGUUUGCGCUACUCAAAUUGGCUCUGGAACUCAAUACGCAGCAUUUGAGCUUUGAUUGUCUUGUGGCGCGUGCAGCUGUUGAACGUCCGCUGGUUGAAUAUGAGGAGCUGGUAUUGCGAUCAGGCAUGCCCAUGCCAGAGAUUUGGACACGCGUCGAGCGCUUGCGUCAAGCAUUCAAUUUCUUGCCAUAUCCAGAGUUGCGUGGCCCAAUCGAGGAGGCAGCCAACGCUGGACUAGAUCCACAACGCUUCGUUUACACAGAGGAUGUGUGUCGCUACAUUUAUCCAUUGAAAUCAAAAGAUAAUCAACUACACCUUAUGCUACUGGCCGUUCAGCUGACCAAAUUACCAUUUGUGCGGACCAACAGCCUUGCAGAUCGCCUGUCCGCACGCAUUGAUCAAAUCGGUGAAUCGGAAGCCGUCGAAAUGCUGCUGGCCAGUCUGGGUGAUCGUCACAGCUAUAUGCUGCCAUUAAAUAGUGGCGAUCAUUACACCGAAGCCAUGUUGCAGCUGGCCAAGGAGCUGUAUGUUAGCCCCACUUUCAUGCCCCAUUUUAUUGGCAACGAGCUAUACGAACAGUGUCUCAGUCAACUGCUGCUCAAAUGCAGCGAAGCCUUCAUCGAUCCCAAUGAUGAGUCCAAGCGACGCGUCUUCAUUAUACUCUGGUUUCGUUUCGAGCGACUGCGUCUAUUGCUGCUCAAGCUCACCGGCAAGCUGACGGAUGGAUAUGUUAAAGAUGCGCGUCAACGUCAACGUCAAUUGUUGAGCCUGGAGGAGAAUCGUUGUGUGACCCGCUUCUACACAGAACUGGGCAUGUUUGAGUACGAGGCGUUGGAUGAUGAGGACAAGUCGAGCGAUUUGCGCAUUUUUGACAAAAUUAUGAACAUGCCCGCGGAUGUGGACGAUGUUGAUCUGUUGCAUGCCAAUGUGAUCUAUGCUGAAAUGUUAUUUGCACGCGAGCAGUACAAGCAAGCGCAGCACAUUCUCAGUUCCCUGGUAGUUCAGCAAUCACCCAAGAACAGUGCUCCAGUGGAACUAGAAAGCGCUAUUCGUGAGAGCAGUCGGCAUUUGUGUGUGGCAUUGAAGACGGCGAAUGAGGAUGCCGCCAUGGCAACACAUCCAAUGCCGUUGGAGAACUACUUUAUAGCCAACAAGCUGAUGCUGCUGCUGCGCAUCCAUUCCUUGUUGCUCUGCAUGGACGGUCGUUCAGUUGAGGCUCUUGAGAUGCUUAAUAAUAACCUUAACCUUGGCAUCUUUGCCAAAGUGGAUAUUCCCGAGACAGAGCUGAAAAUGAAACUGGAAUGGACGCGAUGUCAUUUUAUGCGUGAGCAACUGCGUGAAUUGCAGUUGGUGAUCAUGCAGUUGCCGCUUCUCUCCCUAUUUUCUCCUCGGGAUGGACGAAAGCAACUGGUUUCUAUGCUGGAACAAUCCUUGAUCGAGUUUCCCAGGAAUCUGGCCAUGCUGCAUCGGUGGACAACGCUUAGCUCUCUGCCCUGGUACAAGCUGCGUGGACACCUUGUACAUACCAGAGCUGGAAUAUUGGCGCUACUCCAUAUGGUCAUUGCGGCACGCUGCCGUUUCAUUCAUCAGAUCAAAUCCAAGACGAAGAAAUCAAGUGCCAUCGACGAGCUGUUUAGCGAGGAACUGCAACAAGGAUAUUUAGAGAAUUUGGUUCGCAAUCGAGUGCUUAGUAUGUUCGAGACAUUUUUGCCCACUAACCCAUAUCGCUCCAAAGAGGAGGCGGAUCAGUAUGCGAUCCUCCGUCGUAACUCCUUGUAUUGGCGCUGCUAUCUGCGCUGCCUUUCGAAUGAGCGCACUAGCUUUGAGCGAAGCAAAUCGUGUCUCCUAAUGGCAUUGGAUGAGUGCCCCUGGGAUAAGGCACUCUACAUGGAUGGCGUCACUUAUGUGCCCCAGGAAGUCGGCAAUCUCCAGGAUGUAAUGACUGAAAAACAGCUACGUAUAUAUGCAAUACCCGAGGAACUCAACGUCUUACGCGAGGCAUAACAUCAACAAUUUUGUGAUGUGCGCGGAAACUUUCGUGUUUCGCGGCCCGCGGUUAGCUUCAAAAAUCGUCGGGCUUCGGACCUGAAAUCCACAAACGAAAGGCGAUUUUUUUUAACAUCCGAAAAUAUUCUAAGCAGUAGACACACCAAGUUUAAUAGCUCUAAUUUGGAUAGCAUAAUUUUUCUACAUAAGAGUAUGUAAAUCACUGGUUGUAAGUAGAGAUUUAAAAAAUAUAUUUAAAAAAUAAAUGAAACCUCCUUUAUCAAAUU